UACCAUCAUCAUUCAAGAAUGAAAUUGCUGGAUACUUUAUCAACAUGCAUGCCUAUAUAAAUUCAUUUUCUCUGCAUGCUUCAAAUCUCAUCUUCCUUGAAAAUGGCACCACAAAGAUUGGUAGUAUGAGACUUUAAAUUUUCAAGAAUAUUAAUAAGCCAAAUAUGGGAAGGAAAAAGUGUUGGUUCACUUGUGUAAAGAAGUUCUUCAUUCCUGACCCAAAACCUAAAUCUCAAGAGAAAUCCAAGAAAUGGAGAUGGAUAUUCAGAAGAUUCAAAUUCAGACACUUGCCUUCAAUAGAGGAAGCUCCAGAGAAAUCACUGAGUAAUGCAACAGAAGAGCAGAGGAAGCAUGCAUUAGCCGUGGCCAUUGCCACCGCGGCCGCAGCAGAAGCUGCAGUGGCUGCAGCCAAUGCAGCUGCGGAGGUCGUCCGCCUCACUAGCGUCCCACAAAGCCACCGGCUAAAAAACCAGCACGCAGCCGCCAUCAUAAUCCAAAGUACUUAUAGGGCCCAUCUAGCUAGGAAGGCUUUGAGUGCUUUGAAAGGCCUUGUGAAGUUUCAAGCAGUGAUUAGGGGGGAGCUGGUGAGACGUAGCGUGGUUAGAAAGCUGUCGUCCAUGGCUUUGCACACGGAUUUGAAGAAUCCGCGGGCUGAGAAAAAGAGAGUGCGAACUCUGCUUGAAUGCCUCAGCCAGAGUGAGAGUAGGCAUAGUCUUAGCAGAAAGGAAGGCAUCAAGUCUGAAGAAAUCCGACUGCGAUGCAGCACGCAGAGGACGUGGGAUCUGAGCUUGAUCUCAAAGGAUAGUGUGGAGGCAUUGUAUUUACAGAAGCAAGAGGCCAUUGCUAGAAGGGAAAGGAUGAAGCAGUACUCGUUUUCGCAUAGGGAGAGGAGAAACAACGAAAGCCUGCAGGAAUUGAUGAGCAGAAAGAGCAGCAGGUUCGAUCAAUACCUAGAGCUUGAGGCGUGCCAGCAUGCUGAAAAGGAGAAGCUCAAAACAGUUGAUGUAAGUAGGCUUGGACCGCUGAGGUUGAGAAGUGCAUGCAAGGAUGAAAGAAUGGAGGAGGUGAGCUCACCGUUUUCACAGCCGAGGAGAUCUUUCUGCCACGUGAAACAUAGGUCAACAGGGGAUGAUGGGUCGUUGCCUAGCUCCCUUGUCUUCCCUGCAUACAUGGCUGCCACCGAGUCUGCCAAGGCCAGGUCGAGGUCCCUAAGCACACCCAAGCAGAGGUUGAGGCUGUGUGAGACGUAUUCGGGAGACCACUCUCCACACAGCCUCAGGAUGUUCUCUUGGAGCUCGUUGAACGAAAAGAUCAACAGAAGUAAUAAGAGGAACAGCAUCUCUCAGCACAUUUCUACAAAUUUUGGAACUCUCAACUAAGAGCAAGAAUGAUUCAGCUUUUCUCCAAUCUUGUAAAUUUUGUGCAUGUCAUCACGAUUUUUCUCCUAACUUCGAGCUUGCAAACUCAAGAUUUUGGUGCAGUUUUUUUCCCAUUACAGCUUGUACCUUCUUCUUCUCU